AUGGCCCCGCCGGGGUGCCUCUCCCGCUGCCGCCCUCGGGGGAGCGUCCACCGGCGGGGGCGCGCCCGACAUCUGCCGCCACCACCGCGGCGUCCUUCUCGGGGCCCGGGGUCUCCCUCAGUAGCCCGGCGCUGCGCCCGAGAGGACGACCGCGGCUCGGGCCGCCCCGCCGGCGCGGAGACGCGGCCCGACCACCGAGCACGCUCGGCCGACCCCGCCGGGAGGCCGCGGCGCCGGCGACGGGACGACCGAAGCCGCCACCCGCCGCCGCCGCCGCCGCACCAGCCCGGCGGCGGGUCGCACGCGAGGGGAGCGCGCACGCGCCCCGGAACGCCCGGGGGCUCGGCCCUUGGAGUUCCUCCGCUGCGCGAGGGGCCGCUGGGCCCGAGAGCGGGAUUUCGCCGGCCGGCGAAAGGCCCGCUCCCCGGUGCGGGAAGGGCCGGAGGAGCCGCCUCCUCCGGGCCCCGAAGGCGGCCUCGCCACCCGGUCCCUCGCCGGUCGCCAUCGGCCGCCGACGAGUGCGACGGCCGGACGGCCGGCCGUCGCUCGACGGGCGAAGGAGCGAGGGCGGGGGCCGGCGCGCCUCCGGGAGGGGCCGUGCCGAGCACCCCUCCCUCCCGGCACCCGGGCGGCUCUCGCGCACCGAGAGGAGAGAGCCGGGCUCGGGCGCCCCGCGUGCGCACCGGCGACCGGCGUUCGGCGGCGCCGGCCGCGGCGGCCGAAGGCUCGGGGCCGGCCGCCCCCGCCACCCUCCGGCGGGGACGGACCGGCGGCAGACCGGCGCAAGCCGGGGGAGGGCGGGGAGGAAAGCAGCCCGCGGCGGCGGCGACGAGCGCGCCGCGCUUCGAGGCCCCGGUCGCGACGCGCGGUGUAGCGCGGGGAGAGCCCCGCCCGCGCGCACGGUGCCGGGCACGCGCGACGCUUCGCCGCGCCGAGCGGCUUCUUCCCCCCGUCCGCGACCCCGCCCCGGGCUGGGGGGUGCCGCGCGCCUCCAUCUCCUUCUCUCUGGGGCUGCGGCGCGCGGCGCGCGGCGGGCUCGGCCAACGAGCCGCCGCGCCGUCGGGAAGGGCGUGUGGCCCCCGGGGCCGACCGAGGCCGGCGGCCGGGGGCCGAGCGAGCGAAACGGAGCGGGCGUGCGUGGACGCCGCGCGCGCGCCACCGGCCGGACGGCACGGCAAACGCGGCGGGCGCCAGCCCCCAACCGAUAGUCAAGUUCGACCGUCUUCUCGACACUCCGGCAGGGCCGUGGCCGACCCCGCCGGGGCCGAUCCGAGGACCUCACUAAACCAUCCAAUCGGUAGUAGCGACGGGCGGAUCAACCAGGUAGCCGCCACCCACGGCGGCGCCACCGCGGCGGCGCGGCGCGCCGGCCCGCCGACGCGGCCCGGCCCCCACCGGCGAACGCCCCGCCCCAACCCUGACCGCCCCGGCUCUUUCGCCGCUCCGACCCGCGGGAGCGGCAUCGCGGACGCGACGGCGGCGGCAUGGCGGCGACGGGCGCCGGCGGCGGCCGGCCGGCCGGCCGGCGACAUCGCGGCCCGGCGGCGCCUGGGGCGGGGAACGGGCGCGCCGCCUGCGGGGCUCCCCCUCGGCGACGGCCGACCCCGGCGGCCGGCCCUUCCCGCGACGCCGCGGAGAGACUCGGCCUCGCGCUCGAAAGUCGACGCGCGCGACGCGCGGGACGGCACUCGGCCGGGGCUGACCCGCCCCCAAAGCCGGCCCGCCCGCCGACCGGCCGCUCAGGGAGCGAGCGACCGGCCGCCGGCGAGGCUGGGCCGAGCGGGGCCGCUCAGGGAGCGAGCCCCGUUCCGGCGCGGCCCCCCGCCGGGCCACGCGGUAAGCUCCGGACGUGCUAGAGGAGACAGCGACCCGUCGAGGCGGGCGCGGCCCGGACACCGAGGCCCCUUGCAGCCGGGGCGGCUCGCUCUGCAGCAGGCGGCGGAACGGCAAAGGAGCGGCGUGCGGUGCACGCUCGCGGAUCGGGCUCUUUCCCCCGUCCGCACCCCAUCGGUUCUCGUCCUUUCGCCCUCUCUCUCUCUCGGCUCUCUCUCGGCUCAGCUCCAGCCGCACCGCCGCCCGGCGCUGCUCGCGACCGGCACCCACGGGGCGCUUUUCCCGGACCGGGGCCGGCACCGACACCUCUCGUGGUUUUUAAGGACACCUGAAGGCUCGCGGGGCCACGCGGCUGUCACACAGCUGGGGACGGUAAAGACGCCCUUCCCCGGCAGCGGGAGGGGCGACACCUCGCCUGCGACGGGAAGCGAACUGGAAAGGAGACCGCCCUGCCCGAUCACCGGACCCCCGCCGUGGCUUCCCCAUGACAGAGAAGCCCCGGCAGAGAGCCGGCCCGCCGGGGGCCCCUCUCCCACGCGACCCGAAAAGCCUCAUCGAUCAGGCGCGGCUGACGAAGGAGACGCGCAAACCGUGACCAGGGCCCCGUCCCCGAGAGGCUCUCUCGGUCUGCCCUUCUCUCUCUCUUCCUCCUCCUGCGGCUUGGCGCCGCCGAGCCUCCCGGGACUGAACGUGCCUGAGGCCGCCGACGCCGGCGGGGCCGGUCACGGCACAACAGGAGCACGGGGGGGUGCCGCCACCCGACAACGGUUCCCUUAG